AUGACUAAACAAGUUUUAUUUAGAAUCCAAAUCGUUGGCAUUAGAAAUAUAAAAAAAUUACACUUCUAUAAGUUCUUGUUUUUUAGUUUGAAAUUGAAGUGGAUGGAGAAAGGUAAGCUUCCUAAAUAAUUUAUUCAGGUUAAGGCUAGAAUGAAAGCUAUGUAGCAUAAAGAACUUAUAAAAUAAAAGACUUAAAUUGUUGA